UUUAUAAAGUGUAAUGUGGUAGCUGUGUUUACAUAUGUUUUCCUGGCGAAGUGACAGUAAUACCGGACUGCUUACCACGUGUCAUGUGUUUUAUACGAGAUUUCACUUAAUCUUCAGAACAGUUCUUCAGUGAUUACAGAAUGUGGGGCUGUGGUGUCCCAGUCCUGGAUUCAAGUCCUGGCUUUAUCCCUCACUGUGUGGUAAUGAGCAAACGUGUUAACAACUUCUCUAAGUCUCAAGCCUCUAAUCUAGAAAAUAAGAAUAAAACAACACCCACCUUAUAGGGAUGUUUUGAGAAUUAAGUUAGAUAACGUAUGUAAAACUUUCAGCGUAGUGACUGGCACAUAUUAAGUGUUCAGCGUAAGGCUCUGCAGCAGAGGCUUACCUGCCUGUCCUGAGUUGCGCAUGGAUGUUGCGAUUAGAUUUUUGUCAUAGAGGCAGACAGUCUUCAAACUGCUGCUUCCAUUGUACGGUUCGGUGACACACCACCACGAUACUCCCUACAAGACAUGCAGAGAGAAGACAUUGUUUGGAUGCCUACAGAUUAGCUGUGUCUACUUACUCUUCCACCACCGCCAAAAAACAACCCCCACGCCCGCCAGACAUACUUCUGUUCAAGUAUGAAUUCUGGGAUGGCUUUUUUUCAUGUUGAUGGAGUCCAUGUAAAAAACUCAUUGAAGGAUUUUGCCUUAUGAGCACACAUGGUAGUGAUUAUGUAUAUUGUUAAAGAUCAAUGGAUUAACUUUGUUUCAAAUUUUAUUAGAUUAUAGCAAUGUACAUUCGUGUACACUUAUAAUCUGCCACUCAAUAGCAUGCUUCCAUACUCAAGUUUAAAUAUUAAAGUGAUCAGUUUAUGAGAAUCCCUCAAAAUACAUAUACUGUAUAUCUCUUCGUUAGAAUUGUUUUUAACUUUUCAGAAAAUACCAAUAAAUGCUAUUGAAUAAGUGAAUUCUGUAACAUAUCAAGGAAUUACCAGUAAGAAAAUAGUUUUUGUGGGGGGGUUGCUUUUUAAUAUAAUACUUGAAAUUGAUUAUAAUUAAGUUAUGCAAAUAGUUUGCCUUGAUCUAGUAAAAAAAUGGAGGUGGUGGCAUAUAAAAGCCAUAUGAUAAAAAAUAUGUAAGGAAACAAAAAUUUGAGGUGGUAUAUAAAAACACUAUGAUAAAAAGUAUGUCAAUACAAGCAGAAUAAAAAAUCAGGAAGAAAGACUACCUCAAAUAGAUUAUAAACUCAGCAUAGCUUCUAUAAUUAACUUUCAGAUUUGGUUUUGAGUUCCUUAGUAGUCAAAAUGGGGUAUAGGAUCUUAUUUCUUGGGAAGAGGAGGUAUAUCAGCUACCCAAAGAAAGUUUAGCAAUUCUUAGCACUGAAUUCUAAAAGCACUUUCUCAUGUGAGUCACUGUCACAACAUUUUAGUAGCAAGUUCAGUAACAUUUCCCAGGACUGCCUCUGGUGGUGUCAUUAAGUUAGUUGCUUUUAUAUAGAAAUAAGAGUGUGAUAAGUAAUUGUAUGUUUUACUUUUACAGGAAUCUUGGGAAACCAAAAUGAGGCAUAAUCAGCUGUAUUGUGAGACACCACCUACUGUUACUGUUCAUGUAAAAUCUGGGUCAAGUAGAUCACAUCAGCCUAAAAAACCUAUUAAUUUGAAGCGUCCUAUUUUUAAAGAUUGUAGGCCAGCAUCUGAAAAAAAUGUGCAGAUUAGCAACAAGUCUAAACGCCCCAAAGGACCCUGUCUGGUUAUACAGCGCCAGGAAAUGACUGCUUUCUUUAAAUUAUUUGAUGAUGAUUUGAUUCAAGAUUUCUUGUGGAUGGACUGCUGCUGUAAAAUUGCAGACAAGUAUCUUUUGGCUAUGACCUUUGUUUAUUUCAAGAGGGCUAAAUUUACUAUAAAUGAGCAUACGAGGAUAAAUUUCUUUAUUGCUCUGUACCUGGCUAAUACAGUAGAAGAAGAUGAAGAAGAAUCCAAAUAUGAAAUAUUUCCAUGGGCUUUAGGGAAAAACUGGAGAAAAUUGUUCCCCAAUUUCUUAAAGCUAAGGGAUCAACUCUGGGAUAGAAUUGACUAUAGGGCUAUUGUAAGCAGGCGAUGCUGUGAGGAGGUUAUGGCCAUUGCUCCAACCCAUUACAUAUGGCAACGAGAACGCUCUGUGCAUCACAGUGGAGCUGUUAGAAACUACAACAGAGAUGAAGUUCAACUGCCCCGGGGACCUAGUGCCACACCGCUAGAUUGCUCCCUCUGUGGUAAAAAAGGAAGAUAUGUUAGACUGGGAUUGUCUUCGUCAUCAUCUUCAUCCAGUGAUACAGUACAGGUGAUGGAAAAACAUUCUCAGGAAUCACACAACCCAUUCUCAAUGGGCAUGAUAGUUGAUCCUUCUCAAGCUUAUAGCUAUUCUCAAGUAGCCAAUGACCAUCAAUCAAACAAAGAAAAGAAAACUAAUUUCACGAAGAAAGACAAAUCUAUGGAGUGGUUUACAGGAAGUGAAGAAUGAGAUGGCUCAACUAAACCAAGCUGGAAUCAUUAGUGACAAUAUGUCUAACUACAAGACAAGUGUCAAAAUGGGACAUUUAAGCAAUUUUGAAAUGUUACACAUCUUUCUUUAGCUUUUGUUAUUUUUCAAAAUUGUAUGUGAAAGUUACACAAAUCAGUAAUGGCUAAAAAUACCAAUCUAUGAAAGUAAUGAUUUGCAAUAUACAGUUGUAUUUUGAUACUUUUCUGUCUUCAAAUCAGUUGCUGUCAUCUGAGGUACUCAGUUAAGUUGUGGUUUGAACUUCCUCAACUUGACAAGAAAAGCUAAUUUAAGGGG